AUGAAGUUGAUUCUUUCCCCCAGGGCCGAGUUCUGCGGGAAGCAGACCAGUCACUGGCCGCCAUGCAGGGCCUGGGUCCCCCGGGGCCUGUUCUGUCCCCGUGCUGGGCUCUCUGUGCAGCUGAGCAGCAGUGGGAUAGAACAAAAGGGCAUCCUGGCCAAUCAGGUAGCCGUGGUCACAGGGCCUACAGAUGGGAUCGGCUUCGCCAUGGCUCAGCGUCUGGCCCAGGAUGGGCCCCAUGUGGUGGUCAGCAGCCAGAAGCAGCAGAACAUGGACCUGGCGGUGGCAGCGCUGCAGGAGGAGGGGCUGAGUGUGACGGGCACCGUGUGCCACAGGGGAAGGCAGAGACCAGGAGAGCUGGUGGCCACAGCCCUGGAGCACUGUGGGGACGUCGAUUCCCUGGUGUGCAGUGCUGCAGUCAACCCCCUGGUGGGGAGCACCCUGGGGGCCGGUAAGCAGGUGGGGGACAAGAUCCUGGACGUGAACGUGAUCCCGGCUGUGCCGCUGAGCCAGCUGCUGCCCCUCGUGGAGAACAGGAGAGGCUCUGCGGUGCUGAUUGCCACUGCUGCUGUCUAUGUCCCUCCACACAGUGAGUGGGGAGCUUUGGAAGGUGGCAGUGGAAUGGACGCCAGGUACCACCAGCAAACUGCCCCACUGGGACUUACCAAGUCCUUGGCUGUGGAGCUGUCCCCACAGGGCAUCCGGGUGCACGGUGUGUCUCCAGGACAUGUCAAGACUGACUUCAGCCGAGUGGUGAGGAUUCAGCAGCUGCCAGCAGUUCCCAUGCCAACCACCUUGGCAGGGCAGCCAGAGGACUGGGGAACUUUGUCCUUCCUGUGCUCUCCAGACGCCAGCUACAUCACUGGGGAGAACGUUGUGGUGGCCGGCUUUUCCUUGAGGCUCUGA